UCUAUGUUUCGUAUUUGUUUUGCUGCUCAAGGCAGACACAUAUUGUUUCGUUUCCAUCUGGCUACAUUGUUUAGUACAACUCGUUAGAUUUGUUAUCCAUCCUUAUUCGUUGAACAACACGAAUUAAAACGUGUUUAUUGAAUACAAAGUAUAACUGGAGAAAGUGAAGCAUUUUUUUUAUUAUUUUUUAUUUGAGAAAAAAAAAAAUAAUACCACACACUAAGAGCUAGAAAAUACAAGAAGCUAAUAACUUAGGUCAUUUAGCGCAAAAAAAAGAAGUACAACAACAAUCACUAAAUACCAACCCCUACAUUGGUAAACAAAUACAAACAACAACAGAAGCAGCAGCAACUAGAACAACAGUAGCAAGAUACAAAUUAACAAUCAGCAGUCUCCUCUCGUCACACACAGAGAUUCCAAAGAUGCUGAUAAAUAAUACGGAAGCUUUAAAAAGCUGGUUAGUGGAAAUCCUAGAACCACUAUGUGAUGCAGAUUCAUCUGCUUUGGCUCGUUACGUUUUAGCUCUAUUGAAAAAAGACAAACCGGAAAAAGAGUUAAAACGUGUUAUGAUCGAACAAUUGGAUGUAUUUUUGGUGGAAGAAACAAAACCAUUCGUUGAACGUCUCUUGGAAGCCAUUAGUACGGAAGAAUAUUUAAAAACUCCCCUGCCUACUGCCAAAACAACUUUAACUGGUAAUGAAGAUGCCGAUGUGGCCUCCUCUAUUGCUAAUAAUGCUGCCGUCGCCAUUGCUGCCUCUACGGCGGCAACAACAUCAUCAUCAUCAUCAUCCUCCUACUCAUCUAAUAUAAACAACACCUCCUCUAAUCUAAAUACUGGUGCUGCGGCUGCAAAUACUACAUUAACGACGGUGUCAAAUGCUACAAAUGUGAUAAAUCAAAAUGAUAAUAGCGAUACAAUCAAUAGCGUAACCGCCAAAGUGAUAGAUAAUAAUGCUGCUACCACAAGUAGUAGUACAUAUGCAGAUAAAGUCAAUACACCACCCAUUGAUGAAAGUAAAACCAAAGAUACUACGACAGAACGUACCUCAUCGUCAUCAUCCACUACACAUCAUCAAUCCUCCUCUUCUUCGAAUUCACAAUAUCAUCAUCAACAGCAUUCUUCGUCGGGCGGUGGUCAUCAUCAUCAUCACAAUUCAUCGAAUCGAAAUGAAACAGCGCAUUCGUAUGGCAGUAGUGUUGGUGCUGGUAAUGACCGUCAUCAACAACAGCAUCAUCCACGUAGUGCUAGUCCACCUGUCGCACGUACUAAUGCUGCCGAUAAAGAGAAUCAACCCCGCGAAAGUCGUAGACGACGUGCCUCUUUGCGUUCACGUUCAAGAUCACGAUCUCGCUCACGAUCGAAUGAACGUUUUUCGAGACGUUCACGCUCCCGCGAUCGUCGCAUCAAUGAGCGCGAGAAAACUCAAAGACAAUUUCGCAACAAAUCUCCACCCAUGGGAGGUGGUGGUGCCGGCGGAGAUUCGAGACACGAUCGCAGACGUGGUGGUGGUGGUGAUAGACGUCGUAUGAUGAUGAAUAACAUGGGUGGUGGAUCAUCGGAUGAUAGAUCGCCCCGUUUUGGUGGUGGCGAUCGUCGUGGUAGUGGAGGUGGUAUUGGUAUGGGCGGACCUGGUGGUGCCGGUAAUCGUUCGACAAAUCGCUCACCCAUAUCACCCCGUAGUCGUUCGCCUUCGCUGGAACGAGGCGGUAGAACUGGCAAAAGGUCUCCAUCCGCUGGUCGCUCCCAAGCUCGUGGUGGUGGAAAUGGUGGUAACGGUGCAGGUGCUGUGUCUUCUCCCGAUGCUCGUCAUCAUCACAACAACGAUGGCGAGAAGAGGCAAAGAUGCCGUGACUUUGACGAGAAGGGCUAUUGUGUAAGAGGUGAAACCUGUCCUUGGGAUCAUGGCGUAAAUCCAGUGGUAUUUGAGGGUCUCAACAAUACGACUCUUAUAAGCAUGUCGCUGCGCGAAUACAAUCCUGAUGCUCCCGAUCUCUGGUCUCGCUCGGCACCCCCUGCCGGUGCUAUUGUGGCCGGUGGCACUCCAGGAGCUUUGAUGGCGGGAGCUGCUGCAGCUGGAAUCAAUCCCUUUACAGGUGCCGCACGACCCGGUGCUGUAAUGAUGACUGGUCCAGCCGGAUCUGUAGGAUUUCCUCAAGUGCCUGGAACUGAUAAACCUACAAAUGGUGCAGGACCUCUAGCAGCUGCCGAAUAUGCCCGUACAGCUGCUGCUGCCGCCGCUGCUGGAGCAGGUUUCCGUGCAGCAGCUCCAAUGAUGCCGUUCCCUUUCAAUCCAGCCGCCGUUGCAACACCAUUACAACGUGAACUCAUACCCAUACCCGUUGUGGAUGCUAGCGGUGGUGCAGCCGCUGCUGCUGGCGGUGAUGUUACAGCCGCCUUGCAAGCACAAAGUAAACGGCGCUUUGAACUCGAAGAUUCUGUUGCCAUAGCCGAUGGGCCCACAAAAAGAAAAAUACCAGCUCAUAGUCGCUUAGGUCCACGUGUUCCCAGUUUACAAAAUUGCUCCCUGGAACUACGCAAAGUUCCCAGAGGUCUCAAUACAAUCGCUCACCUUAACAAUCACUUUGCCAAAUUCGGUAAAAUUGUCAAUAUACAAAUUUCCUAUGACGGCGAUCCGGAAGCUGCUAUUGUAACAUUUUCCACACAUGCUGAGGCGAAUGUGGCGUAUCGUAGCACUGAAGCUGUGCUCAACAAUCGUUUUAUCAAAGUAUUUUGGCACACAGCAGACCCCUCAUUGGCCAGCGAAAGUAACUCUUCCAUGACACAGCAAACCGGUGGUCGUAAAAAUAGUCAAUACCACCUAAACAAUGUGCCAGCGGUGCCUACACCCAGCGCCGACUCUGCAAAAACCGCCAACACUAGUCAAACGCAAACAUUGGGCACCUCAACUGCCAGCAGUAGUUCAGUUGGUGGUACAAGCACUCAAGAUACUGUCACUACUACCACCGCUAGUGGCACUACAGCAACAACAGCCACGGUGGCUGCUACUCAUGUACCCCCACCCUCCUUACGUCUCAAAAACAAUAUACCACCACGUCCGGCUGUCGGUGUACCAAGUGCAGUUUUCCGCAAAAAACAGGAAGAACAAGUCAAGGCUGUCGCCCAAUUGGCAAAUGGCUUGCGAAAACGCAAACAAGAACUUUUGCAAAGUUAUGUAAAACAAAUGAAAUCCGCUUUGGAACUGGUCGAACGGUGUGAACCCACAGAUCCUCAACGUGGUCAAACAUUAGCCACCAUUAAGGUACUACAGGAAACCAUCGAUAAAUUACGCAAAGAAAUUGCAGCCGAACAAGAGCAAAUACAGGCUCAAAUACAAAAUCAAAAUCAGCCACCACCAGCGAAAAAAUCAAAGGAACAACAAAAGAAAGAACUACUCGACAUCGAAUUGGAAUUGUUUGCCCAACAGCAAGAGGGCAACGAUACAACUGCCAUACAAAAACGUCUCGAAGAAUUACAACGUAGUUUAGGCAUUGUACCCGGUUCAGCUGCUUCGGCUGCAGGAGGUAUUGGUUCGCCCAUGGGUGCUGGUAAACCAGGUCAUUAUAUACCCGGUGGUCGUCCCAUUAUUCGAGGUAGAUCUUCUUUUCCCGAAGGUUCAACUCGGGUUGAUCGUCGUCCCAAGACGAUUGUUGUAACCGGAUUCUCAAGUGAAGAUGCUGAUUUUGUGCUGGGUCAUUUUAAGCAUUUUGGUGAAAUUACUAAACAUGAUAUGGAUUUGGAGAAACCUCAACUUAUAUUAUCAUAUGCCACACGUAUCAAUGCCGAACAGGCUGUUUUACGUGGCAAAACCUUUAAAGAUAAACGUCUACAAAUUGCCUGGGCUCCCGUAGUACAAACACCAACUGCAGCUACAACAGCUGCCAGCGGCAAUAAGACAACAACACCGAGUGUUGAAAAUAAAACAACCGGUACAGAUCCUGUCAAUUUUAGUAAUUUACCAUCACCCACUUAUCCAACAGCGAGUAAUGAGACAGAUGCUAAUAAUACCGAUACAUUGCCCGAACUAAGGCUAGAAGACGAAGAGGAAGAUGAGGAAUCCGAAGAUCGUUCUUGGCGUCGUUGAUUUUCAAUAUUCAACAGUACACGCAACAUUAGCAGCAGCAACAGCAGUAGCAAUAACACAAAUACAUGCAGCCAUACCAACUGUAACCAGAGUCUGAGAUGUAGAGUCUAAACGCCAAUCAACUACUACCCCUCCCUUCCCCUCUUUAUAAAACUAUUUUAAAGAAAGCUAAUGAUAAACAUACAGAAAAAAAUGAAAGUCUUAUAAAAGGUGGAAGUCUAUUAAACAAAACUUUGUGAAUUAAUUUUGAUGGUAAAUGAAAUGAAGUUAAUAAUUGUUGUUAUUAAAUAGCACAUAUUUUAUAGAUUAAUAAGUACUUUUUUGUAUACUAGAGAAAAAGGAAUGUGAGAAAAACAAACAAAAUAUCCUUAAAAUAUUUUUUUUUUUAAAUCCUAAGCUAAGAACGCUUUCUCUUAUAAAUUUAAAACAGAUGAUUAUAAAAAAAGUAAUAAUUUAUAAUAAGGUUUGUUAUGAAAAGAAAACAAACUUUUUCUACCAGACAGAAUUCUACUCUAUAUAUACAUAUAUACAAACAUACAUACAAACAUAUUAAUAUAUCUAUUAUACGUAUAACUAAAUGAGGAGAAAGAAUUAAUUUAAAAAAAAAUUAACUUCAUAAUUAAACAAUUAUUACACACAAACAGCAGAAACAAAAGAAUUCAUUAUACAUUACUAUAAGAUGAAUUUUAAAUUUUAAAACUAUAUGUAUAAAAAAAAAGAAUAAAAUGUAAAACAUUUUUUGUUAUUUUCUCGAUUAUUAGCUGUAUCUUUGAAAUAA